AUGACUGUAGCAAUAUAUAAGUCAGAUAUAGACUAUAGUUUUGAAGUUAAUAAGCGUAGAAAAGUCCGUGAAAUAGACUUAAUAGUGGAAGAGUCCCAAUUAAGAAAUCUGGAUAGUAAACAUAUGAAUUCGACAAAUUAUAUAUUGAAUUUGGAUAAUAUUGAUGCUAAGACCUCGAAAAAUAUUUUUAUAAGGAAUAUUCCUAAAUAUAUUGAUGAAAUUUUCCUUUGUGAAUUAUUUUCAGAAUAUGGCGACUUAUCCUCUGUAAAAAUUAUUAGAAGAACUUAUAAUAAUUCAGGAUUUGUUUGCUUCUACGAUCGUAAAUCUGCUGAGGAAGCUUUGAAAUCAUUAAAUGGUAGAUUAAUAGAUGGACUUCCAUUAUCUUUAAGCUGGGGUAAAUCCUUAGAUAUCUCUACAAAGGAACACCUUGGUUCUAUUCCUAAUCCAAAAGAAAGAAUUGAAAGACUUGAUACUCAAAUUAAUUCAGAAAUAAUAAAAGAAAAUAUAAAUACAGAAGAUUAUAAUAAUUGCACUAUUAUAAGAGUUGAAGUACCCAAUGAUGAAAUGAAGAAAGCUCUUAUUAGAUUAACUUCACGCUUUGUAGCUUAUUUUGGAUAUUGUUUUGAACAAUUACUAAUGAAGAAUGAAUUAGAAAAUCCAUUAUUUAGCUUUUUAUUCAUAUCAUCACCACUUCACCACUAUUACCGUUGGAGAGUAUACUCAUUUUUACAAGGAGAUUCACAUAAACACUGGAGAGUCAAACCAUUUAGAAUGGUUGAGAAUGGUAUAGUUUGGUAUCCUCCUCCUUUAGAAGAAAAAGUAGAAAAUGACAAUUCUACUAGAAAGAUGGAUUAUUUUCGGAUAAUUGGAAGUAAAUUGGAAAUUUGGCUAUCAUCCUACAACUCUAUAGAUGAUCCAUUAUCUUGGUUAUGGAUUAACUCAAAUAUAUCAAGAAGAGAAGAUAAUAUUAAACCCAGUAAUAUAAUUAAAAGUUUGGAAUAUCCUAAUCACACUAAAAAUAUUGAUAAUAAAAUUAAUAAGUAUGAUUAUAAACUCAUAAAUGACAUGAAUAUUCCUAAUACUAUAUGCAACAAUGAAAUUAAAAAUAGCAAUAGUAAUGAUACUGAUAACAAAUACGUAGAUACUAUUAAUGAAUUUUUAUAUGAUAUAUCAAAAAAUGAACCUUAUAUGAUAAGAUUAUAUCGUGAGCUUGGUGGAGAAAUAAUGGAUGGAGAAAUAAUGGAUGAGUUUAGAUAUUUAGUAGAUGAACUAUCUACUGAUCGUUUAAAGAUUGCUAAUCUUAUGAAAUUUGCAAUUGAUAAUGCCGAUUUAUAUUCUGUUAAUAUACUAGAUAAAUUAAUACAAGAACUUAUCUUUUCUCCAAAUAAUGAAUUACCUAUAUUAUAUGCAAUAUCGGAUAUAUUAUAUAACUCAUACUCAUCUAAACCAGGAACCUGGAAAUACAGAAAUCUGGUAUCUCAACUUUUUCCUUAUAUAGCUGCUCACUUUUCAUACUUAAACAACUCAAAAUAUGAGAAAAUAAUAAAAAAUAAAAUGAUUAAACAUACUAGAAAUAUCCUAAGGAUUUGGUUAUGCUGGAAUAUUUACCCAAUAUCAUAUAUAUAUGGAUUAGAAUCUACAUUAAUUUUUGAUAAGUUUUUUUAUGAGAUGAAAAAUAAUAUAAAUUCUGAACACUUUACUCAAGUAAGUAUUGAAUCUAGAUAUCCUGAAAUUGAUGGUGAUUUACUGAGAGAAGAUAUUUUAUCCAUUCUUGUUGAAUGGCCACUUUAUUUAAGACCAACUCUUUGGAAAUUAUGGUCUGACUAUUUCAAAAUAUUCAAUAAGAAUUUAAACAUUUAUUUACAGUAUCAGUGGGUUGGCAAGGGGUUGGUUCUACCACCUGUGCAUUUAUUUGGGAAUUCUAUGGCUAUUCAUAGGAUGGCAUUUUUCUUAUAUUAUUGUGAUCAUUUAAAAGAUGGAAAUCUUUUUAUUUAUUUAUCAGAAAUAGAGGAAUCAAAAGAAAGUGACAAUACUAGGAAUUAUGAGAACCAGGAAAGUGCAGAAAUUGAAUUAAGUAGUCCAAGCAAAGUUGAGAUCAAUUCUGACGAAGAUAGUGAAGAUAUGUUUGCAGAAUAA